GGCAAACCUUCCAAUAUCUUCAUAUCCACCUUUAUUUCUGCUCAAUUAUCCUCUCAUUUGUCUUCUUUUCUUUUAUUUUUACUUGCUUUGUUUUUGGAUUGUUUUUUUUGGUUUUGUUGUUCUUAUGAUAUGAUAAUCUUCAUAUCUUAAAUAUUAUCAGAAUGAGAGAUUUGAAUAUUAACGACCUAUUAUCCUGGACUUCCAUUGAUGUUCACAACUGGAUAUCCUCACUACAAGAACUAAAUACAAUAAACAACUCAAAUUCUGUUAACAAUAAUGAAGUUUAUAACUGUAAAACAAUAGCCAAAAAAUUCUUGGAUAAUAACAUUACGGGAAAUCAGCUCAUUUAUCUUACAAAUGACUCCAAAUAUUUUAAUGAUAUGUCAAUAAGAAAUUUUAAAGCAAAAUUAAUCUUAAAGAAAAGUAUCCUAAAUUUAAUUGAGGACUACAAUAAUCUAAAUAUUGAUUUAAAAAACUUGAAAAAUAACCAAAUCCUAUUAACUAACAACAUUUACAAUGCUUUGCCAAUCAUUAAAAAUUUAUUAGUUUAUUUAUUACACUCAUCUCUCAAUCAAAACAUUAACAAUAUCAAUAACAACAUUAAUAAUAAUUCCAUAGAUGUAAACAAUACAAAAGACUUGUUAAUAAACGAUUUGAGACUAGAUCAGGAUUUUGAGAAAUUAAACGAUAAAUCAAAACAAUUAAAAGAUGAAAUUUCAAAAUUAUUUAAAUUAAUUAGAGAAAUGAAGCCUUUGCCUGAUUUAACUCCAACAGGAAAUUCACAUCGAACUUCAAAUCCCAAUUCCAAUCCAAAUGUCUUGAAUAAUAUAAACACUUUAAUUGCAAACGACUCAUUCUAUAUCAACUCAAAGAACAAUAACUCAAACUCCUCUUUACAUAGAUUAAAUUCAGCCGCUUCUUCCCUUGUCAAUUCUCCAAUUAAAACAAUGUCAAUAUCCUAUGCUACUGCUGUAACUUCUACAAAUACUGAAGUUAAAAAUAUACUUAAAAAAAACAAGUCCUCUAAUGGGAAUAUGAAUAUAAACAACAAUCAUAGUAACAGCAAUAUUAAUAACAAUAAAAGUAAUAACAAUAACAACAAUUCCUCCAAUAUUCCUAAUACAACCAGAAAAUCCUCUAUAUCAACUAUCGAUCUUCGGAUCCAAUCAAAUAAUAACAAUAGUAAUAACAAUAGUAAUAACGCAAAUAAUAGUAACUCAAAUUCAAAUAAUAAUUCUUCUUCGCAAAAUACUAUAAGCUCAAACAGUUUUACAUCUUUAAUUCGAAAUAAAUCAGAAAAAUAUUUAACUAAUCCUUUAAAGAAAAAUAGUUCAGGAUCUGGAAUACCAAGCACUUUUCUUAGUUUAAGUAAAUCAAGAAAUAAAAAUCAUAAUAUAAAUAAUUUGCAUUUAAAUCUUUCAACAACAAAUCUAAAUAAUAAUAACAACAUCAGUAUUGUCAACAAUAACAACAACAACAACAACAACAACAAUAACAAUAACAAUAAUAAUAAUAAUAAUAAUAGCGGCAAUAGUAAUAGCAGUAAUAACAGCAGUAAUGCUAUCAAUAAUAAUAAUAAUAAUAAUAAGAAUGAUUCAGCAGGAAAUAAUAAUGGCAAUGAUCAGUUUAAUUCAAAUAAUAGCAGAAGAUCAAUUGCUGCUGCUUUUGCAUCUGCAAAUAACUCAUCAAAUAAUAUUGUAACAUCUUCAAUUCCUUAUCAUACCUCUUCACCAACUAAUAUUUACUCUCAAUCUGCGGCUGCUGCAUUACCUUCAACUCAUUCUAAAUCAACUAUUAAUAUCAAUGGCAUUAAUGGUGUUAAUACUAAUAGUGCUAUUACUGCUGGUUCUACUUCUACUACUUCUACUAUUAAUAAUAAUAACAAUAAUAACAAUAAUAAUAAUUCUACCUCAACGAUUCCCACUCCUCUAUCAUCUUCGUCAUUUCAUCACCCUAAAAUUUUGCCACCAAAUAAUGGAAAAUCAUUUAAAAGAAAUCUUAAAAUUGAUGAUGAAGAAGAUUCAUAUGAUAAAGUUUUAGAAAUGGUUCGAGCCAAGUAUAAAGUUGAAGAUGGAAAUUAUGUAUUGGUAGUUUGUUACGGGGAUAAAGAAAAAGUUAUUAAACCAAAUGAAAAACCGAUAAAGGUUUUUAAAAGUUUGAUUGAAUACCAUCCAACUUUAAUACUAAGACAGCUUAAUGAGACAAGUGGUGAAGAAGAAAGUUAUACGGGAAAAAAUGUUCCAGGAGGAUGUUUUUAAAUUAAAGGGAUGAUUUAUGAAAAAGACUUAUUAAAGGAAGAAAGAUCACUGAGUUAAUUAUUUAUACUUUGGUUAAAUUUAUUUUAAAAAAAUUAGAAAUAGUUUAGUUUUUGUUUUUGGAUUUUUUUUUUAUUGAUAUUCUUAGUUGACGAUUUAU